AUGAUUGGACUCGUGGGGAUCGGCCAUACUAUUCCUGCUAUUCCUACGACUCCUGCGAAUCCUGCAACCGUUAUGGGAGUAGCUGCAAGUAGGGACAACGAUGAUCUAACGGAUAAUUUAGUCAAACAUGGACAAAUCGUAUCGAAGGAAGUCGAAUUGGUGUUCAGACUCGUUGACCGAGGAAGGUUUUUCCCCAGUGAGUACAUAGACGAAGCUUACCGCGAUAAUCCCUUCAAGGUCCCAGCUGAAGCAAAUGGAGAUUGGACGCCAGGAAAGUUACAUAUAUCAGCGCCAAGUAUGUAUGCCACAGUUUUGGAAAAGCUAGAUUUACAUCCUGGUCAUGCAUUUCUCAACAUUGGAUCUGGAACAGGAUGGCUAAGCACGGCUGCGGGUUUUCUAAUCGGAGGUUCGGGCAUCAAUCAUGGCGUGGAGAUACAUGACAAUUUGAUAAAGUUUGCCGAAGAACGGCUUGCUGAGACUCUAACACUACCUGAAGUUUGCGCUUUCAACUGGGCUAAGCCAGCCUUUUUCCACGGAAAUGGACUUUCGCAAGAACUUUCGCAUUCAAAAUAUUUUUACGAUCGUGUGUACUGCGGUGCAGCCGUCAAUGAAUUGCAGACGAUUGCUCAUCUAAUAAAGCUUUUGGAAAUUGGCGGCAAACUGAUUGUUCCCUUCAGAAACAGCUUGACCGCAUAUACACGUACAGCAGAAACGGCGUAUUCGUCAGAAGUUUUGAUGGCUUGCCAGUUUGCUGAUUUGCUGCCGCCCAAGCCCGAUGAUCGCACUGAUUGUCUUCCUUGUGUUAUUCGGCCUCCGUCUUUGGCAGAUCACUGCAGAAAUGUGAUUCGCGAAAGUCUGCGAAAGAAGGUUAUGGAAAGCUAUCCUGUCUUCAUGCGAAGCAUAGUCGACACGGAAGGUGCUUUUGGAUCUGAUGAUGCGCCUUCUCACCACGAUGGCGAUGCAGAAAUGGCGGAAAGCCAGCGGCGAAGAGAUCUUGGCAUUAUUCGCCAACCAAUCCGUGUUGAGUUGUUCCGCAAUCUCGGAGCAGCUCGUAUCCGUCUGGAAGCUUACGAUCGAAUGGCUCGGGAGGACAGAAAUGACAACGAGGAACGAAAUGACCAAGAAGAACGUGGUGAAGGGGCGGAAGAACAUGAGUUUCACGAAGGUGGUGACAAUGAUCGACCUGAUGCAGCCGUUCGAGAUGUCGAUGUUGGCGCUGGAAUGUUUGUUUUUGCGGAUGAGGGAGCACCAUCUGAUGACGAAGAGCUUGGAGAGGACGACAGGAUGGGAUUACAUUGGUUAAAUGCCAUCCUUGGCUUUGAAAGGGACCGCGUACAAGCGCGAUUGCGUCAGCGUCGAGCCCGCGAACCCGAAAGAACUGAGCAUGUAAGAUCAGAGACGUCCAGCGAUGACGGCAGUAGCGAUACAUCUUCAAAUGCGGAUGAUGCGGAAGAGCACGAAGCUGAACAUCCAGUUGAAGCAGGCAAUAAUGAAGGAGAAAAUGCGGAAGCAGCUGUAGCCGAACAAUCGGCUGAGUUAGAUUCAAAUGUUGAUAAUAGGGAUUCCAACGAGCAGAAAACUGAAGAAGCUGAGAGUGGUGAAGCUGCUGCAGAGGGUGAUGUUCAGAAAGUCAGCGAAACAUUGGUUAAUGAAGCCUCUGAUCAUGACGAUUUGACACAAGGCAAGCCUCUUGGUGAAACCGAUGCUUCUUCCACUGCACAGUCCUCCACUGUUGCUCCUUCAAACGAAAUCCCCUCCAUUAACGUUCUCAAAGUAAAUAUUCAUUCACCUGAUAACACAGAAACCCCGUCACAAUCCUCGGACACUGUCCACGAGGACGAGACAAUGGAGACUUCUGAGGACCGACAUAUUAAUUCUGCUGUCAGAGAAGCUGAUAAUCGGGAGGGACAGCUAAGUGUUGAAGGAGAAGUUAAUGACCAUAUGGAAGCAGAAGCGCAUGAAGCACUUGGCGAGGAGGAAAGUCAUGGAAUAAAUGAGGAUCGUCUAGACAAUUUUGCUAUGCGGGAGAUGAUUGAAUUGAGCGAGUUUCUUGAUGAAACGAAUAAUCGUUCACGAGCAGAGCAGCGGGGAGCUAAUCGUCUGAGAAUUAACGGUGUCAAUGGAGCGGGAUCGUCACGACGUAAUGGACCACGAUCUUCUGUGUCGCGACGUGCUAUCAAAAGGGCUCGAAUGGCGGAGGCCGAAAGUCAAGACGAGGCGGAGAAGAGAGCAGAGGAAGAGCGCGAUCGACAAAAAGCGUCUCUUAAAGUUUUCGGCGAAGCAUUCAAUGAAUCCAUUUCUCCUGUGUUUGGAACAAACCAAACAUCUCAAUGGGACUAA